AUGGCUUCAAAUCAAAUGUCUGCUACAACCCGUGCAGGGGCAACUAAUGAUGCUUUAUACAAGGAAUUGUGGCAUGCAUGUGCUGGACCCCUUGUCACUCUUCCUCGUGAAGGGGAGAGAGUUUAUUACUUCCCUCAAGGUCACAUGGAACAGCUUGAGGCGUCUAUGAAUCAGGGAUUAGAGCAGCAAAUGCCCUGCUUUAAUCUUCCUUCAAAAAUAUUAUGUAAAGUGGUCAAUAUUCAUCUUCGGGCUGAACCUGAAACAGAUGAAGUAUAUGCACAAAUAACUUUGCUACCUGAAUCCGAUCAAAGUGAGGUGACAAGCCCAGAUGAUCCUCUGCCUGAACCUCCAAGGUGUACAGUUCAUUCAUUUUGCAAGACACUUACUGCUUCUGACACUAGCACUCAUGGAGGUUUCUCUGUUCUUCGAAGACAUGCAGAUGAUUGUCUACCACCACUGGACAUGACUCAGCAGCCACCAUGGCAAGAAUUGGUUGCAACUGAUUUGCAUGGGAAUGAAUGGCAUUUUCGACAUAUUUUUCGGGGGCAACCCAGGCGCCACUUACUGACCACUGGGUGGAGUGUCUUUGUUAGUUCCAAGAAAUUAGUGGCUGGAGACGCAUUUAUAUUCUUAAGGGGUGAAAAUGGAGAACUACGAGUUGGAGUCAGGAGGCUCAUGAGACAGCAAAGCAAUAUGCCAUCUUCUGUUAUUUCUAGUCAUAGCAUGCAUCUUGGUGUUCUUGCCACUGCAUCUCACGCCAUUUCCACUGGAACAUUGUUUUCUGUGUUUUACAAGCCCAGAACAAGCCGGUCAGAGUUUAUUGUGAGUAUUAACAAAUAUCUCGAAGCUCGAAAUCAUAAACUUUCUGUUGGGAUGCGAUUCAAAAUGAGGUUCGAGGGUGAUGAAGUACCUGAACGAAGGUUUAGCGGUACAAUUGUGGGUGUUGAAGAUAAUAAAUCGUCCGUCUGGGCUGAUUCAGAGUGGCGAUCAUUAAAGGUUCAAUGGGAUGAACCAUCGUCAAUUUUGCGUCCGGAUAGAGUUUCUCCAUGGGAAUUGGAGCCACUUGUGUCUACCCCUCCUGCAAACUCCCAGCCAGUCCAACGAAACAAGAGAUCACGGCCUCCUGUUCUACCUUCCACAAUGCCUGAUUCUUCUUUGCAAGGUAUAUGGAAAUCACCAGUUGAUUCUCCACCUUUCCCUUAUCGCGACUCUCAACAUGCACGAGACCUGUAUCCAUCUCCAAGAUUCAGCUCUACUGCGACUAGCUUUCUUGGUUUUGGUGGGAACAGUCCUGCUUCUAACAAGUCAAUAUAUUGGUCUAGUAGAUUGGAAAACUCUACAGAACCUUUUUCACCUAUGGCACUUAAAGAAUCCGGAGAGAAGAGACAAGGCACUGGAAGUGGCUGUAGGCUCUUUGGGAUUCAGUUACUUGAGAAUUCUAAUGCAGAAGAAAGUCUGCAAGCAGCUCCUUUGUCAAGGAGGGUUGCUGAUGAUGAGUCUGACCAACAUUCUGAACCAUCAAAUGUUAAUCGGUCUGAUAUUCCUUCAGUAAGUUGUGAUGCUGACAAAUCAUGCCUGCGGUCUCCUCAAGAGUCGCAAAGCAGACAAAUAAGAAGCUGCACAAAGGUUCACAUGCAAGGUAUGGCUGUUGGAAGGGCUGUGGAUUUAACUCGUUUUGACGGAUAUGAGGAUCUGCUUAGGAAAUUGGAAGAGAUGUUUGACAUUGAGGGCGAGCUUUGUGGACCAACAAAAAAAUGGCUAGUUGUUUACACUGACAAUGAAGAUGAUAGGAUGAUGGUUGGGGAUGAUCCAUGGCUUGAAUUUUGUAGCGUUGUGAGGAAAAUUUUCAUCUACACACCAGAAGAGGUGAAGAAGCUUUCACCCAAAAUAGGUCUUGUGACCAAUGAAGAAGGUAAACCAAACAAACUGGAUUCGGAAGCAGUUGUCAAUCCGGAGGACCAGUCAUCUAUUGUGGGGCCUGGUUGCUAA